AUGGCUGCAAAACUUGUGGGUGGAGCCUAUCUCUCUUCCUUUGUUGAUGCUGUUUUGAACAAGCUGUCUUCAAUCGAUGUCAACGCAACCCCAACAGCAAGGAAGUUAGCUGACAAGAGGUUGCUUCAAAAGCUGAGAAAGAGUCUCCGUGCCACUCGACCUGUGCUUGACGAUGCUGAGCAGAAGCAGAUCAGAGACCAAGAAGUGAAGAAGUGGCUUGUUGAUCUCCAAGAUGCUCUUUAUAUGGCUGAUGAUUUGCUCGAUGAACUCUCCGCUAAAGCUGCCACUCCCACUCAAAGGGAUCCAGGUAACUCUUCUUCCUGGUCUCACUAUGUUGAUUCAAUUUUGGAAGAUGGUGAUGACGAUGAGAUGGGGGUAGUAACUAGGAUGCAAGACAUAGUUGACAAAUUAGAGUCUAUUGUUGAAGAGAAAGAUGAUCUUGAUCUGAAACAAGGGGUUGCCAAAGAUUUGGAGGACAUGUCAUGGAGAAUUCAAUCAUCUCUGAUUGAAAGUUCUGAUAUAUAUGGCAGGAACGGUGACAAGGAAGCCAUCAUAAAAUUGUUGUUUGAGGAAACCUGUGAUGAUAAAUUGUCUGUGAUCUCUAUAGAAGGUAUAGGUGGAAUUGGAAAGACUACUUUGGCUCAGUUAGUUUAUAAUGAUGCCAGAGUGAAGGAGAAGUUUGCCAUUAAAGCAUGGGUGUGUGUAGCUACUAGAUUUGAUCCUAUUAGUGCUUCGAAGGCUAUGAUAGAGGAAAUAACGUCUUCCCCAUGUAACAUGGUUAACUUGAAUUCACUUCAAACUCAAUUGAAGGAAAAGUUAAAUGAGAAGACAUUCUUAGUUGUUUUAGAUGAUGUUUGGGAUAAUCAGCAAAAUUUGUGGGACAAUUUUCUGAAACCUUUUUUGAGUGGGAAUAAGGGAAGUAAAAUCCUUUUAACUACUCGCAAUAAAAAUGUUGAUUCUGUAGUGUCAUCUACGAAUUUACAUUACAAAUUAGAUAUAUUGUCUCACAAUGAUUGCUGGUCAGUAUUUUUGAAACAUUCAUCUCUUUCUACUAACUCUAGACAAUAUGUAAUCUUAGAAAAAAUCGGUAAAAAAAUUGUUGAAAAAUGCAAGGGAUUACCUUUGGCUGUAAAGACACUUGGAUGUUUAUUGCGUAAUAAGGAUAGUGAAGAAGAUUGGGAGAAUAUACUAGAAAGUGAAAUUUGGGAGUUUUCAGAAGAUGAGAGUAAAAUUGUUCCUGCAUUAAGAGUUAGUUAUCACUAUCUUCCUUCACAUUUAAAGCGGUGUUUUGUUUAUUGCUCAUUAUAUCCCGAAGAUUAUCAAUUUGACAAAGAGGAAUUAAUCUUGUUGUGGAUGGCUGAGGAUUUCGUACAACCAAUAGAAAAUUGCACAUUAGAAAAUAUUGGUCGUGCAUAUUUUGAUGAAUUAGUUGCAAGGUCAUUUUUUCAGCCUUCUAGUAAAGAUGUUGGCUUAUUUGUAAUGCAUGAUCUCAUGCAUGAUUUAGCAACAUUCUUUGCUGGAAAAUUCUAUUUCAAAUUAAGAGAAUUUGAAGACUCACAAAAGAUUUGCAGCAAAACUCGUCAUUUGUCAUAUACUGCAAAUCCUGAUGAUCGAAUCUUAAAGCUUGGAGAGGCCUAUAAGGGAGCAACACAUAUGAGAACAUUUCUAGAUGUUCAUUUGUUUCAUCGUUAUGGAUCAAUUAAUUUAGAAAGCGACUCUUGGCUCUUACAAUUACAUUUGAGGUGUUUAAGAGUUUUGUCAUUUAAAUAUUUUUCUAUUGAAUCAUUGCCUGACUCAAUAGAGAAAUUAAUCCAUUUGCAUUAUUUGAAUCUCUCACACACACCUAUUGUGAGAUUGUCCGAGUCCUUGUGUAAAUUAUACAAUCUCCAAACGUUGAAAUUGUGUUAUUGUAAGAAACUAGAAAUGCUUCCUAGCCGUAUGCAAGAUCUUGUGAGCCUGCGACAUCUUGACAUAAAAGGAGCUGAUUCUUUAAAAGAGAUGCCGAAAGGAAUGAGUAAGUUAAAUCAUCUGAACUUCUUAAGUGGUUAUGUUGUCGGAAAGCAUGAGGAGAACGGGAUAAGGGAAUUGGGAGCACUUGGCAAUCUUCAUGGCUCACUUUGCAUUUCCAACUUGGAGAAUGUCAGCAACAGCCGUGAAGUUUUGGAGGCAAAGAUGGGUAACAAGAAGCACAUCAACAUUUUAGAAUUGAAAUGGCUUCCCGAUGGUGAUAUUGUGGAUGUUGAAACUGAAAGAGAUAUACUUGACAAGUUACAACCUCAUAGAAACUUGAAAGGGUUAUCAAUUGUGGGUUUCAGGGGUGAAAUAUUCUCAGAUUGGUUAGGCUUAGGCCUUUCUUGCUACUCCAAUAUGACCAAAUUGGGUCUGAGUUCUUGUAAGAAUUGCUGUCAGGUUCCUUCACUGGGACAGUUACCCUCUCUGCAGCAUCUAGAGUUUUUUGAAAUUGAUGGGUUGGAGAGAAUUGGUUGUGAGUUUUACAAAAACAAUGAAUCAUUUCAGCAGGAUACACCCUUCAAAGCUCUUCAAAGUCUGAAAUUUAAGAGGAUGCGUGGUUGGCGGAAGUGGCAUAUUCCUGAUGAGAUUGAUGUAUUUCCGAAACUUAAAAGCCUUUCAAUACGCGACUGUCCGGUGUUGAGUGGAGAUCUGCCAGCCCACCUUCCGGCUCUGGAGCAACUCACCAUUUGGAAUUGCGAAGAGCUUGCAUGUUCACUGCCGAGAGCUAACAAGCUUCACCAAUUAACGGUAUUGGGUUCUAGGUUUGAUCUGGGACAGCAGAGGGGAGUACUAAUUUCAGAAACCCUGCUGGCGAAGUCUGUAUUGGAGUGGCUACCCCACAUCCAAUCGCCUCGCCUCCAACAUUUGGAAAUCAAGAAGUGUUGGUCAGCAAUAUCAUUUUCAGGAGAUUAUUUGCCCGAUUCAUUGCAAUAUGUGAGUAUCGAGGAUUGUUCAAAAUUAACAAUCUCAGAGCCACUGCAACAUAAGUCGCUAAAGGAGAUACACGUGACCCGGUGUGAUUCACUGACUUUGUUUCCAUUGGGAUCCCUUCCAAACCUCGAGGCACUCUUUAUCUCAAAAUGCCACCGUUUAAUAUCCAUGCCGGGGCUAGGCUUUGCUGACCUAGAGACACUUGUAAUAGCGGCUUGCCCAGAAAUGGAUUGUUUCGGAGAGGAGUGCCUCCCGCCGAGAUUGACAACUCUUCAUAUCGCUGGCUGCGAGAAACUAGAGAGGUGGAUAACAUCAAAGGGUUUGCAGAGUGAAGGCCUUACCAAGCUUACCCUUGGUCAAUGGAAUGAAGUUAAGUCCUUCCCCAGAGAGGGUUGCCUUCCUGUUUCCCUCCAGUCUCUACAAUUGCUGUUCUUUCCAAAUCUGGAGACGCUAGACUGCAAGGGGCUUCGUCAUCUCACCUCCCUCCAAGAAUUAAGUAUUACUGGCUGUUCAAAGCUGGAGAAUAUUACAGAAGAAAGAGCGCCUGCCUCCAUAGCAAAAUUUGUCAUCGGGAAAGAAUGUCCUUUGAGCUGUAAGCUGGAAGAAAUGAACGACCCACGGAUUCAAUUACAAAGUUCCUUCAUUGGAAGUCUGAUCCGUCAAGCUUAUAGACAGAUGACUGAGGAUCGGAGGAAACGUGAGAAUUGGAGUGAACUGGAAUAAGUUUUAGCAUUUGUUCAGGUUUAUAAGAACAUUUAGAGCAACUUGCUAUACCAGUGAAUCUCUCUAGAACCACCGACUAUUUCAACUACAGAAUUUGCUUCUCCUGUAAAGGAAGCAGAUAAUUAAAGAAUUGCUGAAUCUAUGAACUGCCCUUCAUUCAAGUUUCAUGAUCAACCAUCUCUGGUUCCCACUUUGCAAUUGUUCCCUUGAAAGCUAAACUGAUAUGGGGAGCUCAACAUAACAUGAAGACAGUGUUUCUCAACCCAAGGUGGAAAAGGAAGGCUGAGGCGUCAAGGUUGCUUAUAGCUGACUGCUUACUAUAAGCAAAUAGAAGAAACUUGACUAUGAAAGCAAGAGAAAUGAGGAGCUCUUGCAUUGAGUGAAAUUAGCAGCAAGAGGUUAAUGGCUGAGAAUUCCAGUGGGAAGUGGUUAAUGGCACACAAUCCAUUCUUAGACAAUAGAUCAAAACAUUUUAAAUAUCAGAUUCUUUUUUAUUUUAUUUUUUUGUGAGAGGGAUAAAAUCAUUAAGAAUAAAUUGUUUUUGUCUCACAUUCCCUUAACUAUAUCAUCAAAUGGUAUAUUUGCUCACAAAACCUGUGUCAAAUUGUCUUUGUGAAGUUGAGUCCAAACAGAGUUUUCCCAAUGAAUACUCCGAGUAUGAGGGGGGAAAGUUAGGAAUAAUAGUUUGUUUGUAACCCCCAAUUCUGUAUUAGAUAGUAUGUUAGAGUGUUAGUUUCUGUUUUAAGCUUCCUGUUUGAUUCCAUUUUGGAUAUCUUUCUAUAUAGGCUAGUUCCCUCACAUACACAAGGUUCUCCCUUUGUAUCUUGUUUGUAAUCACAGUUUCAUAUCAUCUCUCUCAGUCUUGAAAACUCUCUUUUUAAAUCAAAGUUAGUUCCCUCUUCGCACUUGACAGCAACUAACUCUAAAUCAAAGUUUGAUGGCACCAAAAGUUAGUUAGGGUAACCCUUUGGGAGUAUAUAUAUAUUGUGGUUCUCUAGUUUGCAAUUUUUAGUCAUUUACUAGAUUCUCACUCUCUGUACAUUUAGUCAUUUACUCGUUGCUUUGUUUUGGAAGGACGUUAAAUUCAUGUAUGUGGAGCCAAGGUGUCACAAACAAUUCAAAAAAAAAAGG